UGUUAGUUCCUGUUUCGCAACUACAAAGAAACAGUAUAUAAGUCAGGGUUUUGGAGCUGUUCAGCACCUUCUCAUUGGAAGGCUGAAGCUACCAGCUGGUGCUGAAAGAAGAGAAGAUAUUCUACGAAAGUGAUAGUCAAUAUCACCAUGAAGCUGCUGACUGUGUUUGCACUUCUUUGUGCAAUGGUGGCUCUGUCCACUGCUGCUGAGGAAGCGAGCAGUGAUGAGGCAAAGGGAUUAACUCAAACAGGAGAACAUCUUGCUGAGAAGAGAUUUUUUCGGCACAUUUGGCAUUUUUUUCGGAAGGUGUUCAAGCCGCGUCGGAGAUAUUUGGGUUGGAUUACACAUGGCAACCGACAGUACCACUACUUUCCCCAUCAUGUGACUUGGGCUCAGGCUCAGAGAUUCUGUGAGUCUCAGAAUGCAAAUCUGGCAUCUGUGCGCAAUCUUGGAGAGUACCAGGCGAUUCAGAGGGUCAUCUAUCGUGCCACUUUUAAUUAUGUACCUGCAUGGAUUGGUGGCUCUGAUGCUCAACAGAAAGGUUAUUGGUUUUGGAGCGAUGGAACUCCUUUCAGAUAUGCAAACUGGUGUCGUGGAGAGCCUAACAAUGUUUGGGGUAUGGAGCACUGCCUACACAUGAAUUGGACAGGAAACAGGUGUAUGAAUGAUAUACCCUGUCACAACCAAUACCCAUUUGUCUGCGUCAGGAAAAGGAGAUGAUUCCUGGUCCAACAUGAAGGAACGGUUCACCGGACAAUGACACAAAUAAUCUCAUAUAUCUCCCUGAAGAAUCUGUUUCUUAUUUUACAUACCUUUUUUCUUUCCCUGCAUAAUAGAAUGAAGCUACAAGUGACUUAAACUGGAGUUGGAUUGUCUCUUUUAACAGGAGCAAAUUGAAAGUAUAAUAGAAAGAAUGCUUUAAGCAAAACCUUUAUUUCCCAGGAAGACCUGCUCUUUCUCAUCUUCAUUAUUAAAGU